AUGUCCAUGGCGGAUAGACAAAAUUUGGAAUAUUUAAGUGUGCAGUAUGGGGCCUUUAUGGCCUUAGGUUUGGAUAUUGGUGUAACAACGGGACGACGCCGGGGAUUACUGAAGUCCGUUUGGAAAUUCGCCUUCAAUAUGUUGUGUACAUUUUAUAUGCAAUAUGGAUUCGGAAAUUUCGUCAUAAAUAGCAUUACGGAUAUUGAUGCGAUCACAGCCUCGUUGUCCAUGUUUAAUCAGGGUAUCUUGUUGACCUUUAAAGUUUCGCUUAUUAUCCUAAAGGGUGAAGAGAUGUUGAAAUUAAUAUGGGAUAUGAAUAUUCUAAGCCGGGGUGCCAAUGCCAUGGAAUAUGAAAAAUGGCUAUCGGAAAAUCGGAAUGGUAGAUUAAUUGCCUUGGGCUAUUUCUAUGCCUGUUGGGCUGCCGUGACCUGUGUUGCUGUUAUACCCUGGAUUUUUCUACUCUAUGAAUAUUUUCAGGGGAUGGGUGUUAAUCUAAGAUUGCCAUUUCAGGUGGAAUUCCCCUUCGAUCAUGGUGGUGGUUUGCUCAUGUCCAUACUAAAUUACAUGUGUACCCUACUGCUGGUCCAUGCCUGGCUAAAUAUGUCCGUCGGCAUUGAUACCCUAUUCGGUUGGUAUAUUUUUGCCAUAUCGGGACAUUUUCGUAUAUUGCGAAAUAAAAUCAAAGAGGCUGCUGCCAAAAUCGAUAUCCACGAUAAUCAUAGGGAUUUUGUGCGAGACGUUGCCGCCUUCGUUAGCUAUCACAAUCGUACAUUGAAAUUUGUUGAAGAUUUAAAUCGCCUCUAUGGUGAAAUUCUUUGGGGUGAAAUAUCGAUGAGCUGUCUGCAGAUAUGUUUUCUACUCUAUUCGCUGGCGAAUGAUGAGAACUUCGCCAAUAUACCAUUUCAUUUUGUUGCCUCGGCGGCCAUAACAAUGCAGCUGAUGAUCUAUUGUUUUGGGGGGGAGAAAUUGAAAAAUGAGAACGACAUGCUUUGCGAUGACAUCUAUAUGGCAAUGCCCUGGGAGAAAAUGUAUCCAUCGGAAAAGAAGCUGAUGCUGCUACCACUGUUAAGGACCCAAAAGGAGACUUCGUUGACGGGCUUGUAUUUUAUUAUCAAUCGAAAUUUGUUGGUUUUUAUUUUCAAGACAGCCUUUUCUUUUAUAACGCUACUUGGAGCCAUCAAGGAAAUAUAA